AUUUGUACGGUGGCGAGGGAUCAUUUACUAAUGCCUAAUUUGUAAUUUUAUAAAUGUCUAAAAUAAUUAUGUACUCAGAAUUGUUGGUGUCCGUUUAUUCCUAAGUUUGGUGUACGUUUUACGUUUAUUUUCAAUUCAUAAUAAGUGUAUAGUGUACAUUAAAAGUAUAUAAAAUUGUUCUGGGUUCCACCAUUGAAAUAACCAAGUAGUGGCAGAGUACCAGAAAAGGUUCACGACAGCGUUCAGCAGGCUGGACUAGGAAAGGUUCACACAUGGAAUGUAGAUUCCUAUCACCAUGAAUGGCAUAGUAAAUGGUACUAUGGAAACCCCGAUGGACACUUCUGCCCCGAAUCCCUCAGACAAUUUGCAAAAUAACCAGGAACCUGCUUCAGAAGGCUGUGAUAAUGCAAGUAAUGUUUGUGAAAAUAGCAAUCAUACUGAGGACAGUAAUCACUUAGACAGCGAGAGCAGUCAAGGAGGUACAGCGAACAGUACUGGAGAGGAUUUAGAGAAUGACAAUAGUAAUUGCAGUGAAAGCCAAGAUGCUGAACUUGAAUUGGCAACAGAUGUGCCAGAUCCAGAUAAUGAAAAUGAUAAUGAUAAUAUAAUAUUUAUGGAUAGUAAUGGUGGCAAUAGUAAUGAAUCAUACCCAGAAUCAUUGACUGGCUGUCAUGUUAAGUCUGAUGUUAAUGAUGAUUUACUGCGUAAAUUAAUGAUUCAAAAAAAUAAAGAAGCUGAAGCAGCAAGAGCUCUGGGUAAGGGCACUACUACCAUCACUCGUAUCACUGAAAUCACUCCAGAAGAGAAUUCUGACACUAUAGACUCAGAAGUUGAUUGUUCAGAUGAUGAAAUAUAUGAUUGUGAAACAAGGGCAGAGGAUACAGUAAGUAUCAAUUCUGAUAGUGAACCAGAGAGAAUAGACGAUUUACCGGAAGAGGGCGUAAUUAAAAUAAAAAAUAGGAAUAAUGUAAUAGUAUUAGAAAAUGAAGAUUCUCCCAGUCAAAAUGGGAAUUCACAUGGCUCACCAAGUCCAGAAGUUCAAGAGAUUGAAAGUGAUAAUGACGACUGUCUAGUGGAAGAACAGAAACCUAAUAGUGAGAACAAAGUACAACUGCGCCGUAGUAGUAGAGCUAUAAAGCGUAAAAAAUAUAACGACGAAGUCGAAAAUGGUGGGCAUUUAUCUGACAUAGAAGAAGUUACAACACAAACUGUGCACCGUAAAAAUAAGCCCAUUGUUAUUAAUGACACUAAGGCUUUAGUUGAAAUGGCGGCUAGGCAGAUGAAAUUAAAUCAAAAUAAUAACCAGAAAAAGGAACCUACUGUUGUUAUUAUCGACACAAAUGCCUCACGCUCUGAAAAGUCUUCAGCACCACCUAAACCUGCGGGUCUGCCAAUAAGUUCUAGUUUAAGUGCGCAAAGCUUAUAUCAAAGCAUUGUUGCCCGGGGCACAACAGUAACACCAGUCAGUAGCAAGUCAAACAUAGCAACACAAAGUGCUUCCCAAUCGGCACAGUCUUCUAUACUACCUUCUUUAACAGAUGAUAUGUUUGUAGUUGAAGCACCUUCAUUUAUUGUGCCCUAUGUUUACGAAAAACCGUCACUGAAGCCCUUCAGAGAAUUUGUAGACCUAUUGGGCAAAGAGCUAGAUGAUCAGAAAGCCAAAGAAGAAAAAGAAAAACAAAGCAAGGAGUCGAAACAUAAGCAGGAUAAAAAAGAAAAUGGAGAUGAGGUCAAGGUGGCUCAGGAGGUUUCAGAUCCGAAAUCAUCAUCUGCACAGUCCAAUGAAGGUGAAGAUGUUGAUGACAAGAAAAAGAAGAAAAAAGAGAAACGGAAGAGGGGCGGCGAUGAAGACGAUGCUUCUUGGGAUGGUGAAACAUCUACAGACUCUGAGGAUGAAAUCCUAAUGAGUGAUGAAGAAAAUAAGACUAUUAUUAUUAAAGAUAAAGUUGAUUCUAUUGAAGACAUUAAAGAAGUUGCAGAUUUAACUGCAGAUAAGGUGUGCUCAAGCAAAACUGAUAAUUAUUUCGACUGUUCUCUUGGAAAGUUUUUUAUUAAUAUUGGCUUAAGUCUUGUUCAGGAAUAUGUUCAAAGUGAUUUAUUAAAACAACAAACUCGAAAAUUAAAUCGCGAGAAGAAAACGGGGCAUAGUACUAAAAACACUGAAUCAUCUAUUGCUUCUUUAAUAAAGAAUAUAGAAUUCAGCAAAGAAAACAAUGCGCCUUAUGCAUUUAAACAAAAUAAAUGCGAAUUUUGUAGUUUUAAGACAGAAUCUAAGUUGGCAAUGGCCCAUCACUUGGAAACUCCACAUAUGAAGAAUAAUGUUUAUAAAUGUAACUUCUGCGCAUUCGAAAUACGAAGUCCUCACGAUAUUUUGUAUCAUAUGGAAGCUGAGCAUAAUGUUAGAGGAAAGUUAGAGAGAGCACCCGCGUACCACCAGUGCGCUAACUGUCCUUUUGAGGACAAUGGCAAAGGAAAAUUGGCGCGUCAUCUGAUACCAUGUGCUAAGAAAUUCAAACCUGAAACAAAUUUGGCUCCACCUCUAGAAUGGGAACCUCCUGCUAAAAUACCAAAGAUAACGAGAUCCCGCAAUAAUAUGAUGGGUUCUUAUCAAAACACAUUCAAUAGAAGUAAUAUCCACAACAGUCAGGGGCGACAGUCUUCCAACAUGUCCAACGUAAUGCCAGGUCUAAGUUCCUCAUACAGGCCACGAGGCCGCACCCCCAUGUCCAUGCCGCCAAGAGCCAUGCCCGUUCAUGGCGUGCCGAUCUUACGCGGCGGUGUAAUGGUCAGGCACAACGCACCCGUCCUUAUGUCCUCGAAUUAUCCAGCUGCUAAUAAUACUAAGCAGAAAUCGGUGCACCAGCCAUCGAUUUCCAUCACACCGUUACCAAGACAACCAACGCCUGUGCAGGUCCCGCCGCCUGCAAUCAACUCAAAGAGUACUUUCGUUAUUUGUGAAAUUUGUGAUGGUUAUAUAAAAGACCUAGAACAAUUACGAAAUCAUAUGCAGUGGAUACAUAAAGUCAAGAUACACCCUAAGAUGAUAUACAACAGACCACCUCUUAAUUGCCAAAAAUGUCAAUUUAGGUUUUUCACGGAUCAAGGUCUCGAGCGACAUUUGUUGGGUUCCCACGGCCUCGUCACGAGUUCAAUGCAAGAGGCCGCCAACAAGGGAAAAGAUGCGGGCAGGUGUCCCGUAUGCGGCAGGGUAUAUCAGUGGAAGUUACUAAAUCACGUGGCGCGAGACCACAAUCUAACGUUAAAACCAGCUCAUCUUUCGUACAAAUGUACAGUAUGUACAGCUACAUUUGGAAUGUACAAACAGUUUGAGAAUCAUGUGUAUUCGGCCCAUAGUGUUGUGGCCAAAAGAGUCAUGGACAAAAGUAAGAGUUCAGUGCCUGCAAAGACUAAUAAUAGUGAUACUCUUUUGAAGCCAUUAAAGAUUAAUGAUGAGAUUACUAUAAUACCACAGCCAGUGAAGGGAGCCGCGGCUGAAGAUGAUAAUUAAGAAGUGAAGGUGGCAGAGGUCGCCGUAUCUUCGCGCUGCGAGCUUGCCGGUGCCUUCGUGCCACAUUGUGAACGAGGGCAGAGCCCAUCGCCGGCCGUGGUGGGACACUUAGUACCAGUGUACAUUCCAACUUAGGCAAUAUAGCUUUAUAAAACGCUACCUAGGUUUAGGCAUAUAAAUAUUACGUACGGUAAUCUAACAACUAGUUUCGAACGAUUUUAAUAAUACUUCACCUUAUUGUGGCAAUGUAGGUAUUUAGACUUCUAAAAGAGUAUCUUACACUGCCUGGGCUUUAAAAGCCAGUGAUAUAUUAUUUAUAUCAUAAAUUCGAUUACGGGAUGUAGACUUUCAAUUUGGUUUUAUACAAGUAAUAGCACGGUGGUCGAUUGUAACUUUUGACGUUGUAAAUUUUGGUAACAUUUAACGUAAUUUUAAUUAUAUGGAUUGUGAAUUGUGGAAUGUACACCGGUUACGCAGAGAGAUAACUUGUGUAAAUGCUAAACAUACCUCAGCGAAUCUUAGAUUAUAUUGUAAUUUUAUGUAAGAUAUUAUAAUGUUGUGUACCGUGAAGGGGGUAAAACGGAAAUUAGAACUUUAUUUGAUUUAUGCCGUAGUUAGAGUGUGUGAAGGUUGUGUUAUCAAGAAAAGGUCUUUGCAGGUCAUGGCAGACCUAAGGCCGUACUUGUAUAUAGUAAAAACUCGUACGUAAAAAGUUUUAUUUUAUAACUCUCUUACCAGACUCGUACGAGAUGACAUCUGUGUUUAUGUUCAAUUGGAAGAAUUUGAUUUUGCCUGUGAAAUAAGUUUUACUCAAUAACUUAACACAAGAACAAUAAUGAAAUUUAUUUGUUUUCAAUCCACAAAAAAGAAUUAUGCUGAAUUGUUUGUUGUCAAUAUGUUUGUAUAUUAUACAAGCGCUACAAAAUGUACCGACUUUAACAAAUUAACUUUAAGUUGAUGGUCUACGUACUAUGUAAGUAGAUUAUAUCAAAACCUGGGUUGAGUGUAUGAAAGUGACUAGGUUAUAACAUAAUAGUAUUUGUCGGAAGAUGAAGGGCUUAAACUGCAAGUCUGAAAGUCAUUGGUUUAAUCAUUAUUUAUAAUUAGCCAAUACAAUGGAAACUAAUAAAAAGCAAUAAUCGGUUAGUUUUACGUCAAUAGAUUGCCAUUUUUGAAGUGUACGAAGUUUAUUGGGUCCUUUAUUAAACGUACGGUCAAAUUAACACAAAAAAUAGUAGGUUUCAAUAAUUUUAUCCGCGUAUUAUUUAUAUAAAUGUUGCUGGAAGUGAACAGCAUUAAAUGACAUUCACAAGGAUGCAAAAAAUUAAAAAAAAAUUACAUUCACAAAAUCUUUGUGAAUGUUUGUUUUAAUCUUUAUGGAUGCGAUUACCCACCAUGUACUUAAUUACUUAAGUUUUUUUAACUCUCAAGGUCUACCCAGGGUGGGAACUUUACCGAACAAUAGCAAUUGCACGUUAAAAAUUUCAUUCCAAAUUUAUAAGGGACCAACGUCGGACAUACAUCUUUUACCUAUGUAACGAAAAAUCAGACACCACAAAAAAUUUACUCAUUUUGUGAUAUAUCUUGCUUGACUCAUUUAUUAAAAAAAAAGUACUUUAUGGAACAUUUUUUUGCUGCUUUGUAAUUGAUAUAGCGAUUUUACAAAUUUCAUUCAUAAUGCUGUUCAUAACAAUUCUCCAAUUUACUGCUCUAUGCAAAUGAAUGUAACCUUAAUGUCUAGUUUUAUGGAACUAUUUCACAGAGGCACUGGUUAACCGAAUUUGAUAAAGUUUAAGUUGUACAUUGUCUAAUGGAGUAGGGCCCUAUUUCUUUUAAAUUAUUUGUAAGGAGAAAGUUUAAGUCUUAAAAAGCCAAUAAUUGCCAGUAAAUCCUGAAAACUAUAAUUUUCUAUGUUAGGUUUUUAUUCUAGUUAUUUAAAUUUUGCGACCUUAUUACUACAAUUUCUAGUCUGGGAGUAGGCCUAAGGACUGGGCUCUGCUCAACGUUGCACUGCAUUUGGUGACGUACACCCAUUCUAGAUGACACGAGGAGAUAAUGUGUUCCGCGGAAUGCGGAGUUUUCAGUCCUUGCUGAGUUACAUUGGAAAUUUAACCAAACAAAUGAUUUUAUAAUAAAGCUAAGUUGACGAAGACUAAGUUAAUGAUAAUUAAUUAAAAUACUAAGGGCCUGUAUCACAACGUCCGGUUAGGCAAUAGGGGAAUUAAUAAACUGAAAUAGGUAUAAUUAUUAUGCUAGUUAUUUUGACCAAAACUUAUCAAGUAAACAGACUAAGAGAGCUGAAAGACGAUACAAAUGAAGGGCCUCUAAAAAUUACAUUAACAUCUUCAUCUAAAUAAAAUCAUGUAAUUUUUGGCUCGGUUUUACUAGUUGACAUAUUUUGCAAGCAUUUCGACCAAAAUAUAUGUUUCAGGGUAAACUAAAUCGGAUAUUAUAAGUAAUUAAUACACAUAGUAAGUGUCAUAUCACACUGCGGAGUUUAGUAGUUAGAAAUUAUGCAAAGCAUCCGGAUUAAGAAUGGGAUAGUGUCACCCGUUUACACGUAAUAAUCAUUGUACGAUGCUGUCGGAUGUUAUCCUCAAGUACUGUGGCUUAACAUUUCAUUAGACUCUUAUCACGACUGAUAGGAACCAAUAACAGGAUUCUACUAAAUUGGCGCACAGUAAGUAAAACUUUAAGAGAAUAAAUGUGAUUAAAAUAGGACGAUUACCUGUGUUGCAUAUAGUUACGAUAUAUUUAAAACAACGGUGUUGUUUUACGUAGAUCUUAUAAAUAUUGAGAUGUUUUAUUUACAUAAAGAUAUUAAUACUUAAAUAUAUAUAGCUUACAAAACAAUCAUAUAUUUACCAAGAGUUUAGUCUGGUGCAAUAGAUAUCUCUAUUUUGUAGAAUGUUACCUGGGCUAAGAUUUUAGUUGCCAAGCCCGACGCUUUGUUACAUUGCGUGGUUAGCUCCUUUUAUCAAUAGAUACUACUGUUUGUCCAUAUGAUGAUAUUAUCUACAUUUGUCUCAGUAAAAUAUUUUAUAAUUAUGGUUAGACGAAAAAUUUGUUGAACAAUUGUAUUAUUGGUAAUUGCGAUUAAUUUACGAUGGUCUACAAUAAAAAAUAAGUUAGUUUUCUGUUUGAAAAGUGUAUUUUUACUGUCGCUAAUUGCAAUAACCAAAAUCUUGUUUGCAGUAUCAAUAACACUUGGUACAGCACUAAUAUGCGAUAACAAUUUAUAGGUGUCUACAGAUGACUGAUUCGAUACGAUUUAUUUUACCUUCUUUUAUUACAAUUAUUGUGGUGUUAUUUCAAUACUUGUAAUUACCAUGUGAUACACGCUUAACAACUUAUUAUAUACCUUAUGAACACACUUUUUUUCCAAAAAUAUAUUUUCUGUAAGGGCAAUCUACAUUGGUGACAUUCUAAUGUGCAUGCAAUAGUGAACCCUAAUUUUAUUUAAUUAUGGUGUGAUGGUUGUUGUAACCAAUAAUUAUUCGCAUAAUACCUAAUCAUCGAACUACAUAAUAACAUUUAAUGAUUGCCAACGUGGAUUAGCCCUGAAAAAGCGAGCAAUUAUGCCCACGAACGAGAAAGACGUACUAUAUUGAGGGCUAGUUGCACCACAACCAUACGUUGGUAUAUUGAACUGGCAGAUAUAAUUCAUGUUAAUUCCAUUCCAUUUCAAUUUUCUACGCUAAUUUUUAUUCAGAGCUUUUGACGUCAUCCGUAGACCAUCCAAUUUUGAUUUAUAUCUUAUAAAAAUAAUUGUGGUUUUAUGGAACAUUGCCAUUAUUGAAUUGAACUUUGAUCACAUGUGUUUAAGUCGCAUUAUGUGAUUUGACAUUGUAAAUCUUAAUAAUAUUGUGAUUAUAACAUUAUCAUUUGAAUAGCAAUAGCUGCUGUGUUAAUACAAAUAAGUUUAGACACGUAACAUAAUAAUUAAUAUAUACAAAGCCUGAAUUUCUUUUUAAAUGGGCUACGUUGAUGAAUGAUUGUGUUUAGGAUGGGACAUUCCUAAUUGAUGAAGAUUAUAUUUGAUGGUAGUAAUACCGGAGGUGCGUGGUAAAUAUUUAUUAUUUAAACUUAGGUUGUUAAACUAGGUUUUAGUUAAAUUGAAAGUAAAAAUAAUAACUUCUUAUUGUGUUUUCUUUUCAACUAUUGUUUUCAAACUUGAGUGAUUAUGAAUAGUGGAACCUGAUUGAUUUGGUACUAAAUACCUAAACGAAUACGAUCUAAACGUUUUGUACAAUUUUGUUAUCUUGUAAAUAACAGGUAUCAUUAAGUAUUUGUAAUAAAGAUA